CUUGCGCAUGUAUCUGUAGCUACGCGCCAAGUUGCGGCUUCUCCCUGGUGACGGUGUUGGAGAAUUCCCCAGCGAAGCGUGCGUGUACGAUCGUGUUUGCCGGUCGCUCUCACUGUGUCCGUGUGUCUCUGUGCGUGUGUCGAUCGUUCUCACCCUCGUUGGGGUUGGCUCCAUGCGUAAACACGUUGCCCCCACCCUGAACGGGGGAUGAGAGAACUCUCGAGCGUGGCUACACGCUGCCUGUGUUGCCAGCGAGCAGUCACAUGUAUCGCUCUGACAGUUCCAUCGACACUGUUGACCGGCGUGGUUGAUUUGGGGCCAUCCCGCGGCUCUAAUCAUGGCGCAAGGCGAGGCUCAGCUGCUGAUGGAGCAACAGGAACGCUCUCGGGCCGCUUUACGCCAGGAAAGACGAACACUCGAGACAUUUUUCGAGCGUGAGUUCAAGGACACGUUGGCCGUUAUUCCACCGACCGAUGAAAGCGUGGCAAAGUGGGACCAACUGUUGCAUGAUGAGCGGUUGAAGCGGCUAGAGGAGCUGGUGGACUUGAUGAAACUGUGGGACGCACCGAAAACAAUACCGGAGCCGAAGAGCUUCCUGCACUAUGCACGCCUCCAGCCCGUCCUAGCGCAGAUGCUAGAAGAUAUCGCUAGGUAUCGCACCUACCUGGAUCGAUUUAUAGAGCGCUUUCAGGCGGAGAAUGAGUGUAUCGUUCCGAAGCACAAUCCGCAAAACAAAUCCGACACAGCGAACCCGAGCGCUCCAAUACACUAUGCCGCCCUGCAGCUGGACGAAGACUUUCUAGAGUGGUUGCUCGCACGCUCCGCCACCGAUAUCAACCUGCGCAACAGCUUCAAGCAAACGGCACUCACGCUACUCUGCGAAGAGUACGUCCAGUGUAUGCGCAAGCAGAUGCAAGCCUGUCCACCCGGUCGGCUGGGCAAGAUUCGCACGGUAGUACUGCGGCUGCUGAAAGCGAAAGCGGACUUUAACAUCUGCAGCAGCCACAUGAAGUUACCGUUCGAGCUGCUGCUAAAGCACUGCGAGACGCACGAUGAAACUCGCCUCUUUGUCGAGCAGUGCGUAGAGCUGGUGCCGUGCGCUCUUGCCAUCUCGAGCGUUAACGAGCGCAACGAGCGAGUGGUCGGGUUCUACAACAACAAUCCAAACGUGCAGGUUACGGUGGAGCUGCUGGAGCUCUUUCUGCGCCACAACGAUCGCUCCAACUUUACCACACACCUGGCGGGGUUCGAGAUAGACGCAUCCAACGUGAAGAAAGUGAUACGGCUCCUGCUCCAUACUGCUUGCGACCAGAAGAUGGCCGACUGUGUGCGGUUGAUUGUGGAUCGGGGCGAACGACACAUAUUUAAGGUGCUGCCACGCAAGCCGGGUCGCAAUGCUGCGGCAAAGGAGGGCCCAGUUGCCGAAGAAGGGGCCAACAGUGUCGAGUUGAGCCGGCGGUUUGGAUGGCAGGAGAGUAUCGAUGUGCAGAAGGGCUCCGAGCUGGAGCACCGGGUCGAGCUGAAGGGACUACUGAAGAAGGUGUGCCUGAUGGCGGAUCUGCCCCUGCUCCAGCUGCUGCUGGCGAAGAUCUCGGAUCUGAUCGUGCUGAACGAUGAUCCGCUGCUCGUUGUAACGCUCGCGAAGGCGUACGAUUAUAAGCGCCGGGUCGAGGAACGGAAUGCACUGCUCGCGUGCGCCGAGUUCCUUGCAACCCAGGAAACAAUUCACAUGUCCAAGCGCGACAACUCGGGCAACACCUCACUGCACCUUGCGCUGAAGUAUGGCUUCGAUUCGGUGGCGCUGGCAUUGCUCCGGCAGCGCUACACCUACCUCGGAAUGCGCAAUAACGACAACCUGACGCCGCUCGAUUACGGGACGUUUGCAUUCUGGCGAUCGUACCUUGACCAGUGCAUCGAGGUGGACUCGAAGCGCUCGAUCCCGGACCGAAACGUGAUACGGUUCAAUUUGCAAGGCUUUCACUCGCCCGCGCUCAGUAUGACUAGUGCGGUCAGUGCGGACGGUACGCCGGCAGCGUCGGACAGGUCACGGAAUAAGCGCUCCAGUUGGAAACUGAUACAGCGGGUCGAUCAGACGUACUGCCAGCCGCACAAGUUCACGCGCACCGUCACCGAGAUGACGACCCUGCGGCAGAUUGCUCAGUCGAAGGAGCUGAAGCGCCUACUAGUGCACCCAGUCGUAUACACCUUUAUUAUGGUGAAGUGGACGCGGCUGUGUCACUGGAACUAUCUGAACCUGCUGCUAACAGCGCUGACGAUCAUUUUCUUUGGCAACUACUCGCUCACCGCCUGCUCGGUGGAGGGCCCAAGCACGGUGCUGUGGCUGCUGAGCCUGCUCGGGGUGGUGUGUGUGGCAAUACGGGAAACGCUGCAGCUGCUGUUCCUGCGUCGCUCGUACCUAUCGUUCGAGAACGCGCAAGAUCUCAUCAAUGCGGUCGCGAUGUCCGUCGUACUGGCGAACGGUUGCAAUGGACUGCUGUCGUCUUUCGUGGUUAUCAGUUUCGCGAUGCAGCUAACGUUUCUGCUAGGGUCGCUGCAGUCGAACAGUCUCGCCACGAUGAUGUACAUGUUCAAGACGGUGUCGAAAAAUUUCCUCAAGAGUUUCCUGCUGUUUAUGCCCCUGAUCGGCGCGUUCAUCUACGCGUUCCACCUGACGUACAAUGAGGAUCCGGAGGAUCAUGCGCAAGUGUGUGAGCGGGACGACUGCUCGGAGGAAAAUUUCAACAACUUCCGCACGUUCUGGAACGCCACGAUCAAGACGCUGGUGAUGACGACGGGCGAGUUUGAGGCGGCCGCGAUUGACUUUGAAGGCGGAAAGAUGCUGCUGUUCAUUCUGUUUAUGUUCUUUGCGCCGAUCGUGAUACUGAACUUGAUCAACGGUCUCGCGGUAAGUGAUAUUGCCGCGAUCCGGGAGGAGUCGGAACUGAUCAGCAUCAGCAAGAAGGUGAUGCUGCUGGAGCAAUACGAGCGCGGUGUGGCGAACGUGUAUCCCGGAUGGUUGCGACGGUGCUUUCCGAGGCCCUUCUUCGCAGAGUACGACUGUCGCAUCCAUGUCAAGACGAAGGAGUACCGGAAGAUUGAGGUGCACCUGCGGGAGCUGUCUACAAAGGCUGGCAAGGGUACUGCUCCAGUCAAUCCCGGUGGUGCCGCUGCGCUUAACAAUGCCAAGAGUCGAGUGCACGGCUCAUCCCAGUGUUCGGUGCAGAUACCGCCCAGCGGGAAACCGGCCAAACAGAAGGUAGUGGGGAAACCACUUCCCAAGAUUCCCUGGAUACCGCAGGGUGAUUCGUGCAAUUUCAUCUUUGAUGUGCGCGUGUUUCGGCUCGCACUCUUUAUGCGACUGGAUCAGUCGAUCGUGGACGAAGCGUUGGCAAUCAUUGAGCGACAGCAGGCACUUGCGUCAAUCCAGCUCACUGUCAAGAGUACGCCGACACCGGACACACCCGUUACGCCGGUGCGCACCCUAAUUGCCGCAAAGGUUCGGCAACCGCGCGCAGCUAGCGUGGCUCCCGCCGGGAAGAAGCGGAGCAAAGAGCCUACCCAAAACGAGGAAAUGCAGCGUGAGCUGCUCGAGGUUAAAACCCAGCUGAAAACGGUCCUGGAGCUGCUGCGACGAAAGGAGAACCAGGAGAAGCGUAAAGACAAACGGCAAGCCAAGAGUCUGAAGCGAAAGGGCCAGAGGCGUGUACAGAAGAAGUCAAAGAAGGCAAUUCCGGAGGCAGAACCGAUGGGUGAUCAGUAGAUUAGGGCGAAACCCUUGAGAUAUUAGCAGAUAAGAUAAGAGACCAAGGUAGCAGCAAAGUAACUCACACAACAGCCAUGCCUGCCAUGAGUAAACGAUUUACUCUCACAGAUAGUGCUGGUUUGGAUCUCGCCGCUGCUCGGCUUUCCAGUGCCUGCCCUGUGCACGCGUCAAUAAAAAUCAAUUUAAACCGUA